AUGGAUAGAUUUCUACCAUUGACUAUUAGCAAAACAUACAAUAUCGAUUAGGCUGUUGUUGAGAAGAUUAUCAAAGAAAAGGAAUUGAAAAGUAGAUAAGAAAUAAUGAAUUUUUUUGCACUUAACAAGGAUAAAAUACAGACUUUGUUUUAGGACAACCAAAUAGAAUCUAUAAUAAAUGAGGAAUUUAUGGAUACUUAGAAUAUUGUAUUAAAAUAAAUUCCAAAUUUGAUAGUGAGCAAAUACUAAAAAGCUAACUAGGAUAUUAUUUAAUCUUACUGUAAUUUAAUGAGGGAGCUAUUUCCAAAACAACAAGAUUUAUUCAAUGACAUAUCGUAAAAUUAGCUUAUUUGGCCAAAAUACAUAGGAUCUCUUUUGAUUCCUGUAGAAGUGUCUGACUUACCUUCAAAUUUAUAAGCCAAUUAAGAACUUUGCAUUAACUUUGGAGCUUUCGAGUUAGACACAAAAGAAGUAUAAUAUGCUAAGAAAAAAUAUAUUUUUAACGUUAAUAUUGAGAGUCUUUACAUCUUAAUUUAUACUAAAAGAAAAGAAUAUCUAGGAAAGAUUGAUCAUAGAUUCUUUUUUAUAUGGAAUAUACUUAAUACAAUUCAGUUUGCUAAUUUUAGAUUAUUUGUCCAUAAAAUAGAAUCUAAAAAUUGUUUACAAAUCAGAUUUGAUGUUUUUGUUACUGAAAAAAUAUGUUCUUUGUAUGCUGAGCACAAAGAAGAAGAUAAGAAUGUUUUCAAUAAAGAAACUUUAAAAGAGAUGAGUAUGGAAGAUUAAAAAAAAUUAGUGAUGAGAAAAUAUGCAAGCGAAUCAAUUAAAGUUAUGAAAGCAUUUUUAUAUGUGAAAGAAACUAUUCCAGCCAUACUUACACCAAUAGAAAGAAGUUUAGAUUUAUUAGGUGGCAUUUAAUAUCGUAUGCAAUAGAGACAGUCAUAAGGACCUCUUUUCUCAUUCAUUCCUUCCAAACUAGUUAUAAAACCAGGAUUAUUAGGUUAUUAUUCAGAUUAGGCUCAAUAAGCUUAAAACUAAAAUUAAUAACAGAAUGAAUAACAAAAAAUUAUAACCAUGCUUAAUUAAGCUGAAAAGGCUGGGUAAGAUAAUUUCCUAAAAGAUAUGAAAGAGAGAGACUUAGAAAUUUAAUAAAUAAAUUAAAUAGAAGAAGAAUUUAAGAUUAAUGAAAGCGAAAUCAUUAAAAAUAAGAAUGAUUAGAAUGCACAAAAUUAAAAAUAAAAAGUUGACAUAUAAAACGGAGCUACAAAUAAAUGCAAAGACCCUAAAAAAGCAAAGUUUAAAAAUGGUAAACAAAGCGAUUAAGUAAAUAAGGAAAAUAAAAUGAUGCCUACUGAAGAAUAAGAAAUAUAAAAUAGCAGCAGUAAUAUUAGUAGCGAAGAGAAUGAUAACAUUGAAGAAGAAAAUGAUAAUGAGGAUGAUGAAGAUGAUGAAAAGGAUAACUAGAUAGAUUAAGAAAAUUGUGAAAAUAAUUUUGAUGUAUUUGAAGGCGAGGAAUUUUUAAGAAAUUUAGAUCCAAACUAUGAUAAUAAUUAAGAAAAUUUAUGGUAAGAAAUUCCUGAUGGCAUAAACAGAGUUAGCUCUUCUACUUCAAGUACAACACUAAAUAGUGAUAUUGGAAGUCUUUUAGGAGUUAAUGAUUAGUAGAUAACAGAUUAUUUUAACUUGCAAAAUCCACCUAGUUUAUUCUAGACAUCUCUUUUUGAAUAUUAAUAGCAAGCUUUGACUUGGAUGCUUUACAAAGAAAAAGCACUCACUUUUGAAGAAGCAGCUAGGCCUGAAAUUUAAGAAAGGCCAAGAUAAUUAAAUGAAUUUUGGUGUGAACUCUUAUUUCUUGAUGGGUCUCUCAUGUACUUUAAUGAAUAUUCUUAGUCAUUUUCACACCGUUUUUAAAAAAGUGAGGCUAAUUUGUAAAAUGGAGGUAUCUUAGCAGAUGAAAUGGGUUUAGGUAAAACAGUUAUGGCAUUAAGUCUGAUUGCGUCUAAUCUACCUAAAAUAGAUCACAAAAGUAAUCCUCUAAUAAUAGGCAUAAAUGAUCAAGUUAAAAAGAAAGUCAAAAAAAACAAAAAUCAAAAAGAAGCUUAAGAUAUGGUUGAAGCUUUUGAGUAAAAAAAAAAAUAAGGUUUGAUUCGAGCUGGAACUUUAAUUAUUCUUCCCUUAUCAGUUUUAACUUAAUGGUGUAACGAAGUUAAUCGCCACUUUAAAAAAUCUUCUCUGUUUUAUUUUGAAUACUACGAUUCUAAAAGUAGAUCAAGUCCCAUUCUCCAUCUAUAUGAUAUAGUUUUUACAACAUAUAAUAUUCUAGGAAUGGAGUAUAAAAAUUACUUUAUUGCAGGAGCUCCUCAAAAAACAAACCUAUUUAAUUAUUAUUGGCACAGAAUUAUACUUGAUGAAGCUCAUACAAUAAAAGGCAAAGGAAAUAACUGCUCAAAAGGUGCUUACAAUUUACAAGCAGAAAAUAGAUGGUGUAUGACAGGUACACCCAUUCAUAACUGUUUUGAUGAUUUAUAUAGUCUGAUAUAUUUUUUGAAAUAUGACACAUUUUAAGACUACUAUUGGUGGAAUAAACAUAUAAAUAAUUGUGAAAAUAAAGAAGAAGUAUUUAAGUUACUAUAAAAUAUCUUAAGACCUAUACUUCUGCGUCGUACUAAAAAAUCAAAGUAUAAUGAUGGAAGUAGUAUAAUCAAAAUUCCUAAAAAAACAUAAAAAAUACUGCUUAUCCCUUUUAAAAAAGCAGAAAGAUAAAUAUAUGAUACGCUUCAGCGUCAGUCUUAAAAAGUUUUAAAAAAUAUUCUUAUUGAUAAAAAUUAAUUUUCAUCAAACUAUCUUCAUAUAUUUUCAAUAAUGACAAAACUAAGAUAAAUGUGUGACCAUUCUAUGCUUAUGCUAAAUAAAAUACCUAUGAUUAAGAUAAAAUAGUAAAUAGAUACUUUAGAAUAGUAAAUAGCAAAAAAUGAAUCAACCUCAAUUACAGAAAUGUAAGCAUAUAAUAUCUUUAUUAGCAAAAUUGUUGAUAAUAUAAUGAAUGAUAAUGAUAUCUAUUAGUUCAAUGCCAAUAACUAAUAAAGGUAACAGCAAUAGUAAAAUAACUAUAUCUAAUAAAGAUAGCAGAAUAUUUAAUUUAAAGCAUAAGUUCAAUAAAGUCUCAUAAAAAAAGAUUUAACAGAGUGUUUUUGUACAGAGCCUUAUGAAUAAGAAGUAGCUUUACUUUAAUGUGGCCAUUUCUUUCAUAUGAAUUGUAUAUAAGAAAUGUUCAGAGUACAAUAAAAUUAAAACAUAGUACCUAAUUGUCCCAUGUGUAGAGUGCCAUUUGAGGAGAAUCAAAUAAACAAAAUUAACUUUUAACAAAUAAAAGAAGAAUCUAAGGAGUUAGAAGCUAAGAUAAAACAACAAGUUAUUCAAUAAGUCAAAGAUAAAAAAGAAAAGCUGAAAAUUUUGAAAGUUUUAUCUCCUGAUAAUAGUAGUAAGCUUUAGAUUAUUGUGAAAGAAGUAAAAAAGGUUUAAUAAAUGAAAGAAAAAGUUAUAAUUUAUUCAUAAUUUUUAAGCUUUUUGACUUACUUACAAAAAGUUCUAAAUGAUAGAGAUGUGAGAUAUACACGUCUUGAUGGGACUAUGAAUAAAAAGGAUAGAGCUACUGCAAUCAAAACAUUCAGUGAAUAGUCUGAAUUUACAGCAAUUUUGAUAUCUUUGAAAGCUGGUGCAUUUGGUCUAAACCUAGUUGCUGCCAAUCACGUAUUCAUAUGUGAUCCUUGGUAUAAUCCAGCUAUAGAAGAAUAAGCAAUUGAAAGGUGUCAUAGAAUAGGAUAAACUAAGAGAGUUCAAGUCAUUAAUUUCAUAAUGGAGUCUUCAAUUGAGGAAAGGAUUCUUUAGUGUUAAAAAAAGAAAAGAAGCUUAAUUUAAAAUACUCUUUAUAUUUAAAAAAAUAACUUAAGUGAGUUAGAGAAAGAACAAGAAAUUCAAGCUAAGAUGAAAGAAAUAAGAUAUAUUAUUGGUUUUGAUGAAGAUGAAAACUAAGAGGAAAAAAAUAUGACUAAAAUGGAUGAAGAAGAAAAUAUCAAAGAAAUAAAAAAUUAAAUGUAUGACGAUUUUGAUGAUGGUGAGGAAACUAUUGUCAAAGAAAUAGAUGUAUGA